UUAUCCCUGGGUGGAAGUGAUGGGAGGAUCAUACUUUAUGUACUGUAUAUACACAGUACUGUAUUAUCUCACUUUACUCUCUAAAAGUGCUGGGUUAUGUCUGUAACCAUAUUGUGGGGUUGUUCAUUCUGGGUCAAAUGCUCAAAUCCAAUCUGAACUCCUGUUUGGGUUAAUUUGACCCAGAUUAUGGGUCUAGAACUUCUAGAAACAGCACACAGAGCAAUACUUCACAUAGGUGGAGCUUGCCUUCUUUGGCUUGAGAGAAAAAGAGAAGGAGGGAGAGAAGAUGAUUAAAGAGAGAAGAAAGACAGCAAGAGGAGAGGCAGAGAGAAAUGUGAGGGAGGGCGGGAGGCACGGAGGGAGGAGGGAUGGGAGAAUGAGAGGGAGGGAGGAGAGCGCAAGCGUCAGCACUCCAUGCGUUAAAAGGGCAGAUGGUAACCGCGGGUAACUGAGGAGCAAACCACUCUGCUGGCCACAGAGCAAGAGAUCAGCAGAGAGAGGGAGGAGAGCGAACGCAUGCAGCGCAGCGGAGGAGAGCGGAGGAGAGGAGCAUCUGAGAGGCAGCGCCCGCUCUGACAGAGCCAGACUGAGCAUCCUCUCAUCUCAGCACUAACAAGGAGGCAGAGAGCAAAAAGAGACGGGGACAGAGCAACAAAGGCAGGGCAAGAGAAAAGUAGUCCUCCAUCCACUUAUAGAGAGCGGCACCGGGAGAGAGAGAACACAAGGGCUGGAGAGACUGAAGUGAGAGGAGGACACAGAGGACGGAGAUAGUUAGAGCAACUGCAGGACUGAUCAAUGAGCGUGUGAGAUUUCCAGAAGAAAAUUCAGACUCAGCGAGAAAGAAAGAGAGUGGGAGGGAGGGAGGGAGGGAGGGAGGCGAUGACAGGGAAAGAUUAAUGAAUGAAAGAUGGGAGCAAAACAUCUGGAGACGCAAAGAGAGAAAUAUUUAAAAGGAAACAGAGUGAAAAACAUUUAGAGGAAGACAAUAGGAUAAGAGUGGGAAGCGAGGCGGAGCUCAGUGAAAUAUUUAAGGAGAGACAAGCUGAGGAGGCAGAGUUAAAGAGUCGCCGCAAAAACUUCCAGAAGAGAGAGAAUAAAUGAGAGCAGCGGGGACACUGCGCGCCUCCUUCUGUCUCCUCCGCUCCAUCCGCCCGAGGAGCAGCAGCAUGAGGCGGGCGAAGGAGCGCUGAGCGCGGACGAGGCAGCGCGAGGAGCGGAGGCCGACGCGAACCCCUCCGAGUCAAAGGCAGAUCAUAAGAUAAAGGCACAUUUGAAGCGUGUCCAAUGGCGUGCUACUACAUUGUGAUCAGUUCCACCCACCUGCGUGACGGACAGCUGAGGAGCAUCAAAGGGGUUUUCAGAGGACCAAUAGGAGCCAACAGCCAGAGGAGCACGGAGGAGGGCGACUCCAGACUCUACUGUGAGCUGUGUGACAAGCAGUACGUGAGGCACCAGCAGUUCGACAACCACAUCAACUCCUACGACCACCACCACAAGCAGCGCCUCAAGGAGCUGAAGCAGCGGGAGUUUUACCGAGCGCUGGCCUGCAGGAGGCAGAGGAGACGCAAGGAGGAGAAGAGAGAGGAGCGAGCGCUGAGGCAGCUCCAUCAGCAGGAGGAGAGGAGGCCGGGAGCCUGCGCUCCAGGUUCUGGUCCCAUGUUCAGAUCCACCACAGUAGCAGUAGCUCCAGAGAGUCAGUCCAGACCGGACUUUGAGCAGAACUGGGCCGACAUCCCCACCAGCAGAACCACAGUGGGAACAAGGCCUCCAGCGGCGCUGGUCCAGCCCUUCCUUCCUCUGGAUCCUGCACUGAAGCCGUGGCUCCAGACGGACAGCGGCCCGGCGCCCGCUGGUGCUGAGACCCCCGCGGUCUGUGGCCGUGAGGGUCUCAGCACCGCCGUGAGAACCGCUCCCUUUAACGAGGUCCCCGGAGCCCGUAAUUAUCUAAACGACCCCAUCAGGCCCAAUGCCGUCCCAGCACCUGCCACCAACACCGCAACUAAUGGCUCCAUUCUCAACAGAACCACUGUGAGCGGCGCCGUUAAAGCCGCCUGCCGAGCCGCCGGCGCCCAGUCCGUCCCCAGCAGAAUCCGCCCUGUGUCCUUCUCUCUGCCCAAGAGGAGCUGCGUCCUCCUCCACCAAUCGGCUGCCGUCUUCAUCCAAACAGGGCGGGGCCCCGGCUCUUCAGGGAAACAGGACGAUGUGACGGUCAAAGAAAGAGCCAAGGAUCUGGAAGGAACAGUAGCAGAGCAGCAGCACCGACCCGCUCCGUCUGUGGACGUGGACGGUUUGGACCAGUGCAAACCUGGAACCCGGUCCGCUGUGGACGGUCCGACCGCGGUUCUGCAGCCACAGGCCGGACCCGCUGUGUCCGCUGGGACCGGAGCCCGGGUUCCUGUAUGCGGUGACAGCAGCACUGAGGUCCGAGUCAGCGAUGAACGCGGGACUGCAGCUCAUCUGUGCCUGGAAGACAGCGCAGCGGGAAGCGCAGACGUGAGCGGUGACGCGAGCAGCAAAGACGAGGAGACCGGAGCCCACGACCCGGCGGGCGCCGCCGGCCUCAGGGAGCUGCAGCGUCCGCCUGCAAACCAGCAAACCACGUCUGACGCCUCGGACGAGGCCAAGGACUUCCCACAGCCCACACAGCUCAAAGCACCACACCCCUGCUCAUCCGUCGGGCCCAAACAAGCGUCUCCUCCGCCGCUGAGUCGGCCCAAAGAGCCGUUCUGCCGCGUCCUGAGUCGGGACGGCAGCAGAGUUCUCCUGUGGCCGUCGGAGAUGGUGAGCUACACCCGGACGGGCCCCUCGGUCUCCUACUGCGUCAACCCUCUCCUCCACGACUUCAGAGCACACAACAGGGCCAAGGAAGGGGGGGAGCAAGAGGGGGGGAGGCUGGGGGGAGGCAGCGAGAGAAUAAAGCCAUCUGUGAUCAAACAACCCAACUGCCAGCAGAGCCAGGAAGAUACAGAGGGAGGAAGGAAGGUGAGGCGAGAUGAAAGGGAAGAAGAGGAUGAGGGAGGACAGGCGGGAAGUCCUAUGGAACUUGUUGCCCAUUGUAGUGGAGGCAGCGCCGCCAUGACUCGCUCCGGCUGCCGCGAUGAAAGCACUGUAAAACCUGCUCCCCUUUCUGCAGAAUGCCACCCUGCACCAACGGCCGGCCUUCAAAAUACAGGGAGGAGGAGGAGGGGGAGGAGGAAGAGGAGGGGAGGGGUGAGGAGGGGGACGAGGAGGAGGAGGAGGAGGAGGAAGCGGGGAGACGACACAGACAGAAAAGACCCCCAAAAGGUACGAAGCUCGACGAGUAGCGUUUGUAUGAACGCGCUGCUGGAGGGGGGAGGAGGGGGGAGGGGGGCGAGCGAGGCCGCGGAGAGAGAGGACAGGAGAGAAAAGGAGCUAUUAGGCAACGUGGCAGCGCAUCGGCUGGCGGGAGGGAAGGAAAAGAGGAUGAGGAGGAUAAGAGGAGAUCAGACGGAGCGAGAGAGGGCAGGUAGAAAUGACGGGAAGAGAGGGGGGCUAUUAAGUAAUCUGCCUGUGAAUCGGUGUAAUCGCUGCAACCAGCUGUGUGUGCAGGUGAAAACCCAGGGCAGACAGCAUCAAUCCCAGCAAUCAGCCUCAGGGUGGGGCCCCGCGCUCACAAAGCCCCUCUGCAGGGGUGCGGCAUGCAACGCAGUGAUUAGCCCCGUCCCCGGCUCCAUUACAGAGGAGCCACGCUGUCCUGCAAUUACACCCGACCCCGCGCGCAAUGACAGAGCGAGGGAGGAGGCGCACAAAGACACAGCAGCCGCAACGGAUGAAGGGCAGAGACACGAGCCACGGAAUCCGAGGAGUCCGGAGAUAAGAGCGGCUCAGGACGCCGCCGCAAACAUGUGUCGCCCAGCGAUUAGCCGCGUUCAGGACGCGGCGCGGGAGCCAGAAGCGGCGCCUCACAGCGAAGCAGCGUGGCUUCCAGCGAUUAGCCUCGUCCCGGCCUGCAGUCAAAGACAAACAGCGGCCUCACCACAGACGGGGAGCGAGCCGCGAGUCGGAUCGGCGCCCGCAGACACGGGUUCAAAGGAGGCGACGCCGAAGAGGAAGAGAACGGGGGCGUCGCCAGAACCCGAACCCGAACCCGAACCCGAGGCGGCGCCGAGGAAGAGACGGAGGCGCGGCCGGAGACCAGCGCGGGCAGUCGACCGUGCAGCCGGUUCCGCCUCUGACCUCGACGGAGACCGGACUUCCUGCGUGGAGGAUUUGGACCCCAGCGAGGCAGCGACGCCGCUCAGCCCAGAGGACGAGAACACUGACGGGGACCCGCUGCGUCAGAGUCCGGAGCCCGGUACCGGUUCUGACCGAGCGGACGGCUGCUGUUGUAACGGCUGCCGGGACGUCCACCCAGCGCCCGGACGCCUCCCUGUGUGUAGCACCGAGCAGCGCCCGGAGGCCGGACAGAUGGAGGCCGGACCCGGGCCCAGAACCAGCCCGCCCAGAACCAGCCCGCCCAGAACCAGCCCGCCCAGAACCAGCCCACCCAGAACCAGCCCGGCCAGCCACAGCGACGGGCACCACCUCUCCGACUCAGACGCCGAUCACAGCACCUGCUCCGGAGCUGGAAACCAGCAGGAAGCAGCCACCAGCGUGGAGCGGAGGGAGGAGGAGACGCAGGCGGAGAGAAGGAGGCUGAAGGAGAAGCAGGAGCAGUGGGAGCGGGAGUGGACCAGGAGGAAGGAGAAAGAGAGGGAGGAGCAGAGGAAGGAGAUGGACUCGUACCCGGAGAAGAGGCCUCGUUUUCCUCCCCUCGCGCCUCCUGCCUGCAUCCCCAUCCACGCCCCGCUCCUCCUUCCCCCCUCCCUGUCCUCCUCGUCUGCGUUCUCCUUCCGCCACACCAUCAUCCAGCACCGCCUCUCGCUCCUCCCACCUCCGCCUCACCUGCCCGUCGCGUCCUACCCUCACCUCAUGCCCUCUUUCUCUCCACACUUCUCUCCUCCUCCUCCUCCUCCUCCCCCUCUCCCUCCCACCUUCUACGCCUCCCCCCAUCUCCCUCUCCUGGACUCCCCCGGUCCGUAUCCUCUGGCCGCAGCGUUCCACCCUGUGCACAGUCCCCACCCGGCUCUGUUUCCCCCGGCGCACCCCGCCGUUCUGCCCCUACAGGUCUUGUUCUAGGGAACAAACGGACGGACAACAGGAGAAAGACAGCUGUUCUGAGUCGCUACUGACAAACUGGAGGCCAGGAUGAAAGCGAACAUCAGGAAAAUGUACUCCUCUGUCUUAAAAGCCAAACCUGGGGCGCCCUCAUCACCUCGUCUAAACACUCCGAGCACCGAUUCCCACAUGUGAAAAACAAGAUGGCUAAUUAUGCUCAUCAGGCAGCGCCGCUGCUGCAGCCUCAGGUGCGCGGAGCGGAGCGGAACCCAGCUGGGCCCGGUUCCUGCGCUCACGCCGUGCAUUUAAACCAUGAUUCGCUCGCAAGGCAUGCUGGAAACGCUAUAGCUGGUGACUGCGAAGCCCAGACCCGUCCCUGUACAGUCUCAUAUGUGUGAUAAUGAACGCGAGGUUCCCCCUGAGGCUCCUGAUUCCACACGUUCCCCUCAAUAAGACAAAUGUGAAGCUGCUGCUGAUCAGCGUCACUCAGUGAUGUAGCCUCUGCUGUCAGAACCGUUCAAACAAGUGUAUUCAUAUAAAAAUUAUGAACUAAA